AUGUCUAACAUUCUAGCAUGUUACCAACUCCUAGAACUCAAUGUCAUAUCAGCACAAGACUUGGCUCCAGCAGGUCGUUCAAUGCGAACCUAUGCAGUUGCAUGGAUCGACCCAGAUCGCAAACUUUCCACUCGGGUUGAUUCUGAAGGCAGAACCAAUCCAACAUGGAAUGACAAGUUUGUCUUUCGAAUUGACCAAGAUUUUUUAUAUGACCAAGAGUCAGUGAUUACUAUCGACAUUUAUGCUCUUCAUUGGUUCCGAGACAUCCAUGUGGGCACAGCCUACGUUCUCUCGAGUGACCUUUUACCACCAUCUUCACAACCUCAACCCCCACAAAACACUUACAAACCAAUGGGUAUGCGGUUUAUGGGACUCCAAGUUCAAAGACCCUCUGGUCGCCCCAAAGGGAUUUUGAACGUUGGUGCAGCUAUAAUUGACAGCUCCAUGCGAAGCAUGCCUCUUUACACACAAAAAUCUCCAAUUGUUGGGUAUAGUCGAGAUGAUCAUGAUCAACCAACCCAUCAGCCCAAACCAGAGCUUAGACGCACAAAGAGUGACUCAAGCUCAAUGCUUGGCUCAGAAGCCAUAGCUCCCGAGCCACAAGCCAAGGCUAAAAGGAAGAAAGCAAAUUCUCAUGUUGUUAUCCCUUCAAAAAUAAGCACCAAAAGUAAAAAAAAAGCUAGCUCCAUCUUAAGUGGCUCAUAUGUAAACAAAUUUAGUAGAAAGAAGGCAAAAGUAACGUCUCAUGACUCACAAAACAACUUCAAUGCAAGGGUAAAUGUUGAUUACCAUGUGAAGUCCACACCAAUGAGGACUUACCAUAACAACGACCACAAUUACAUAGGUAGUGCAAAAGGCACUCCAUUCCAUCCAUUUGCAAUGACAGACAUGGCAAUGGAAUAUGGCACUCCAUACCGGUCAAACUUGGGCCAUCGUCCUUUCAUGACAGACUCUGAAUUGGGUCCUUCAGCUUCGGAGGUAGCAGCGGUGGUGGCAAGACUACCAAUGGAGGAGGGGGAGAAAUCUACAGUAGGAGGGUGGAGCUUAGAGGAUAGCGUGGAGGGGCUGCAACCUAAAGUGGAGAGGUGGCAGACGGAACUACCAACGGUUUAUGAUGGUAUCGACGAUGUGAUUGGAUCAAAGAAGAGAGGGAAGCAUCCACGUAGACAAGCAGAUGGUAAUGGUUUGUUCUCUUGCUUUAGUGUAAUAUGUGGUGUUGAGUGCUCCAUAGUUUGCGGCAGUGGUGGCGGCGGCGGCGGAAAGAAGCAUCGCCGUCACCGGGUUCAGUCAGUGGACAAUGAAAGCUUUGUAUAA